AUGCCCCAGAAAAUCUUCAUCGUCGGCGGCACAGGCGCCCAAGGCAUGCCCAUCGUGAAAAGCCUGGUAUCGGACAAGAAAUACCACUGCCGAAUCCUAACGCGAGACACCAGCUCCCCCCGCGCACAAGAGCUCCUCGCCCUCGGGAACGUCGAGCUCGUCUCGGGCACGUUUGCAAACCAAUCCGACCUCCGCAACGGCUUCCGCGGCUGCGACGGCGCAUUCGUCAACAUCGACGGGUUCAACACCGGCGAGAAGACGGAGACGUACUGGGCGAUCCGGGCAUACGAGCUUGCGCUCGAAGAAGGGAUCAAGUUCUUCGUCUAUGGGAAUCUGGAUUUUGGGUAUCAGCUCGGCGGGUAUGACGCAAAGUUCCGGUGCGGGCAUUAUGAUGGGAAGGGGAGGAUUGGGGAGUGGAUUCUUUUCCAGAAUCAGAAGAAUCAGGGGAGGAUGAGGGCUGCUCUGUUCACGACGGGGCCGUAUAUUGAUAUGGUUAUUGGACAGCGGACACCUAUGACACCGUAUGUUGAUAAGGAUGGAGUGGUUACUUGGGCUGUUCCCCUUGGACAAGGCGCCGUACCGCACGUGUGUCUGCAGGAUUGUGGCGUGUAUGUGCGGUGGCUCUUUGAGAACCCACAGGAAGCGAAUGGGCUGAAUCUCGCGGUCGCGAUUGAGCAUGUCCGCUAUGAAGAGUUGGCACGUGCGUUUGAAAAGGUGACGGGUCAUCCUGCACGCUUCGUUGAUGUGGACCUCGAUACCUAUUGGUCAAGCAAUCGGGGUGUAGCCCCAGGCGGCGACAGAAUCACUGGAUACAACGCCGAUGCUAAGGAUCCAGCUGCCAUGACGAACCGGCAAAACUUUACUGGAUUCUGGAAUCUGUGGAAACACUCUGGUGGGAACAAAGGGGUUGUACGACGGGAUUAUGCCUUGCUGGAUAAGAUCCACCCGGGCCGGGUUCGCAGUGUCGAGGAGUGGUUUCGACAAGAGGAGCAGCGGGGGGUGAAGGCUGGAAAGGGAUCGCUGUGGGAAAGGGUGCAGGAGGAGAAUCUCGGGCCGGUGUUGAAGAUUGCAGAGGACGGUUUCAGGGGGCGAUUGUAAGCUCAAGCUUUGUGGGUGGCGAGAGAAAAUGAGAUAUCACUUUCCAGAGCCGUUGCAUAUGAAGAAUCAUCGUGGGAC